CUUCCGUGGUGGCGCGUGGUCACAUGACUCUGACACAGGGAAGAGAAGCAGGGCCGUGUGAGUGUUUGUGUGUUUGUGUUUUUCCUUCUGCUUUAAUAAUCCAACACUCCUGUGAGGUUCAGAUCUGCAGGAGGACACGCACAGCUUCACCGCUCGGUCUUUAAACCCAGAGAAGAUGCGCUCUCAUCGCUGUUUGUGCGGAUUUCUGCUCAUCUGCGUCACUUUGUGCAGCAGCGCGGUGUUUGCUGCAUCAUACCGGAGACCCAACAUCGUCCUGAUCCUCACCGACGACCUGGACAUCGCCAUCGGCGGCCUGAGUCCGCUCAACAAGACGAAGAAACUUAUCGGCGAUGCCGGGAUAUCGUUCACAAACGCGUUUGUCGCCAGCCCGCUGUGCUGCCCCAGCCGAGCCAGCAUCCUGACGGGGAAAUACCCGCACAACCACCACGUCAUCAACAACACGCUGGAGGGAAACUGCAGCAGCAGAGCCUGGCAGAAGAGCGAGGAGGCCACCACCUUCCCCUCCCUCCUGAAGGCCAACGCCGGCUACCAGACGUUCUUCGCUGGGAAAUAUCUCAACCAGUAUGGGCACGCGGAGGCCGGCGGGGUGGAGCACGUUCCCCCGGGCUGGAACUACUGGGUCGGACUGGAGAAGAACUCUAAAUAUUACAACUACACUCUGUCUGUGAACGGAAAGGCUCAGAAACACGGAGCAGACUACAACAAAGACUACCUGACCGACGUCCUGGCCAACAUGUCUCUGGACUUCCUCCAACAUAAAUCCAACUACCAGCCGUUCUUCAUGAUGGUGUCCACGCCGGCCCCCCACUCCCCGUGGACGGCGGCUCCUCAGUACCAGAACAGCUUCAACAACACGAAAGCUCCCAGAGACCCCAACUUCAACAUCCACGGGAAGGACAAACACUGGCUGAUCAGACAGGCGAAAACUCCCAUGACCAACUCCUCUGUUCAGUUUCUGGACGAUGCUUUCAGGAAACGGUGGCGAACUUUGCUGUCAGUGGACGACCUGGUGGAGAAGAUAGUGAAGAGGUUGGAGGUCAGAGGUGAACUGGACAACACGUACAUCUUCUUUACGUCUGACAACGGCUACCACACGGGUCAGUUCUCUCUUCCUCUGGAUAAAAGGCAGCUCUACGAGUUUGACAUCAAAGUUCCUCUCAUGGUCCGAGGACCGAAUAUCAAACCCAACCAGACCAGCCAGAUGCUGGUGGCGAACGUCGACCUCGGUCCGACCAUGCUGGACAUCGCCGGCUUGGACGUCAACAAGACGCAGAUGGACGGCAUGUCCUUCCUGCCCAUUAUGGAGGGGAAGAUGAACAGCAGCUGGAGGACGGACAUCCUGGUGGAGUACGAAGGAGAAGGCAGCAACGUGUCCGACCCGGCCUGUCCUCUGCUGGGGCCGGGAGUGUCGGAGUGUUUCCCAGACUGUGUGUGUGAAGACUCGUACAACAACACGUACGCGUGUGUGCGCACAGUCGCCCCGUCUGCCAACCUGCAGUACUGCGAGUUCGACGACAACGAGGUGUUUGUGGAAGUGUACAACGUGACGGCCGACCCGUUUCAGCUGACCAACAUCGCAAAGAGCAUCGACCAGGAGAUCCUGGAGAAGAUGAACCAUCGGCUGAUGAUGCUGCAGUCCUGCGCCGGACAGUCGUGUCGGACGCCCGGAGUGUACGAUCCGAGGUAUAAGUUUGACCCUCGACAGAUGUUUACCAGCCACAGCUGGCGGCUCAGCAGACUCCGACAGAAGAUGAAAUAAGAACGGAUGAAGGUCGAGGAGAAGAUGGAGGAGGGAUGGAUGGAGGGAGGAGAUGGAGGAAGAAGGGCUGUGUUGUAUUUUGUAUUCAGCCUUUCGUGCUGUUGUUGCCUUGUGUUCGGGCGUCCUGAGCCACCGAGUCUCUUUGCAGAUAGUUGGAGUUGGUUGGUUGCCAUGGAGACCUCGCCGGGUUCAGGAUCCACCUUCAAAACUUCCAGUCUGAGAUGCCGUUUGCAGGGAAGCCAAAUUCUUCAGAUCCAGGAUGGGUUUACGCUCGUGAGCCGUUCAUUCAAAUCCUGUUUUUCUUUUUGUGAGUGUCUGCGCCGUCAGAAAAAAAGUACACAGUUUAUUAUAUUAUAAAUUCAUGUUUCGAACUAAAUCCAGUCUUUAGCCUUGGUGUGUUCGGUUGGUCUUCAAGAGUUCAUCAACAUUUCACUUUACACAAGCUCCUAACCUUUGACCUUCACUGCAGCUCGGUUCGCGUCCACGUGGUGAAAAAUCUACAAAACAAAAAAUCAAAUUACGUGAAUUUCUGUCCACUACUGUAACGUUAAUAUCGACAGCUGGUUCAUCGUUCAUCCAUUGAACUUAUUUUAUCUAAUUAUUUUAAACUUUCCGUGUUCGCUGAGGGUAAAAACCAUUUUUUGUUAUUUUAAAUUGACUUAAAAAUGGAUAGAAACACGUAUUAUGGACAGUAGUAACUUUCUAGAGAUUUCAUUUUAAGUUUAACAUUUAGUGUAGAAAAUAUCAAGUAUAACAUGUCCAUCAAACUUUUUUAAAGUCAACAAAUCCAAAAAAAAUUUACAAAUUUUUUUAAGAAAAACAAGAAAAUUCUCAAAAUCUGAAAAUUAAUUUCCAGAAAGAUUUGAGCGUUUUUACUAAACAAAUCAAGAUUAGUGAUUUAUUUGUUGUUAAUGAUAAAUAAAUACAGUAUAUACGUAUAACUUACCGUAAUAACUGGACCGACCGACCGCACCACAAACUCGCAUUACGCUCACGUUACCUUCUGUUCAGCGAAUAUUCAUCGGAUUAAAGAGUGAAGCGAUCAGACCUGAAGUAAACAUGAACAGAGAGUAAGACAGCGCCACCUAGAGGUCUGAUCUCACAGAAGUCAGUGCCUAGUGAUGGAGACAGAUUACUUCUUAUUACUUAUCACUGAUCAGUUUGCCUCCGUACGUGACCGCUUGUUCUCGGAUCAUCUCAUUUAAACGUACGCAACUCAUGGUCGGAGAUAUUUUUACUAAGAAGAGACUUCUGGGAGUAAAAAUAGUCGUCAGAUCAUUAAAUUAAAUGAACAAAUCUGAUUUAAACGGCCGAAGCUGCAGUGAUUUAACUGUGAGAAGUGUUGAGGCACCUUUUUCAUUCACUGAUCGUCACCUUGUUAAACGCCUCUUUGGAUUUUAAUCCAUUUCACACUGAGUUUAUUUAGAAAAACACAAGUUAGUUCGUUAAAUUUGACGACUUACAUCCAGUAUUUCACGUUUGUAGCGUUUCACUGAACCAGUUUUGAAUCAUCGGUUCAGCACGGAGAGAAACUUCCAAACGGGAAGAAAGAAACGGAAACUUUACAGAGAGAAAAUGCCAAAUAAAGUAAUUUUCCCGUCAUCAGCGCUUCGGUUAGUUUUAAUAGAUUUUUGAUUUCAUGGGUUGGAUGUGAGAACUUUUUAAAAAAGGCCAAAUAAAAUGUUUAAUUUGAUCAAUGAUCGACUGAAAUACAAGAAUCUAUAUUUGAUAAACAGGAUUUUUCAAUUCUUCAAACUUUAAGGGAACUGUUUUUUUAUUUUUUAUGCUGAUGACAUACGCAACAUUUAGACAAACGAUAAUUAGUUUUGUGGCCCUGCCUUGAAAUUUUGGUCACUGUUGAAACACAAAAAUCUUCAUUUCUACGUUUUCUUCUGCAGCGAUUUCAUAUUUUCAGAAGGUUGAUUUAGAUCAAAUCUGCAGAUUCUGAACAUCCAGCCGAAGAUCUGAUCUGGAGACUUAGAGAGUAUUAAAGUGACACGAGGUCGGUUCAUCUGCAUGACAUCUUUUUGUGUGUUCUUGUUUUUUUUGAUUGUGAAUUAUUUUCUUACUGACAAACUGGCUGUUUAUUGUGAUUCAAUGAUUUUUAUCCAUUUGUUCCACGGCUACUGUUGUUGUUGUUGUUCUUGGAUAAUUCGCUCAGACAGCUCUUUCUUCCUCUGUAGUCCGUUUGUUGAGUUUAACGCGUCAACACUGAAAUUUAAAGUCCUGUGAUGGAAACCCGCGGGGCUCAACACGACACGUUUGCUCUUCAGAACGAUGUUUCGAUUCACUGAUGCACUUUCCGAUCUGUCAGAACUGUUUUGUUGUCGUUUGUUUUUUGGAACCCUAAGUUUUAUUUUUCAGAGUUUUUGAUGAUGAUGAUGUAUUUUAGGCUUGUGUGAGUGUUUUUUGUCCAAAUAAAAGAGAUUCACAGAA